GCAGAACCCAGUGUGGACCUUUGAGCCACAUUUCUUUGAGAAAUGGUUCAUUUCUUUGUCGGUCAUACUGAUAGGAACAAAGACAUUCAUGUUUUUUAAAGCUAAGGGAUACUUAUCAAGUCUUAGUAUCCUUAAUUACCACAAAUCUCGAUGUCACUUUCUAAUUAUUCUCCAAAAUGGGUAAUUUUCUGAAACUACAACAAAUGGUCAAACCGAUGGUAAUUACAAGCUGCAAAGACAACCAGCGAAGCAUAUACCCUGACAUGUUUUUUUUUUCUCGUGUUAACUUUAAAGCUAUUUAAAUAAUACAACAGGAAAUUUCUCUUCAUCGAAAAUAAUUUCGGUGGAAAAGCCAUUUUAUCUAUACCCUUCAAUUUAUUCCUCCUCCUCCUUCCCCAGCUCCUGCAUUUUCAGACAACAUUUGCUUGAACAACUAAUACCAAGCAGAACACUGAGUCCUGAGUACUUAAAUGGCUUCUGGUACAUUGAGCACUAUAAGUAUUCAAGAAGAUGUUGAAUUGGAAAAGAUCUCUAGAGCCUCAAAAAAGGCUGAGAACGUUUCAGCAUGCAAAAUCUUUCCGCGGAAAGUGCUUUCCAGAGUGUUUUCAGAGGAUUAUGAAUAUGAUGCAGUGGAGAAGACAAUACUGGAUCCUCGAGGACCUCUCAUAGACAAAUGGAACAAAAUUUUCUUUGCAGCUUGCUUAACUUCAUUAUUUGUUGACCCUCUUUUCUUUUUACUGCCUAAAGUUGAGAACCAUUGCAUUCAUGUGUCUACCAAUCUUGAAGUAGCUUUUACAGCCAUCAGAUCCUUGGCUGAUAUAUUUUACAUUUUCCACGUUUUUGUUCGGUUUCGAAUGGCUUAUGUUGCUCCUUCCUCUCGGGUAAUUGGGAGAGGAGAGCUUGUUGUAGAUCCUGCAAAGAUUGCUUCAAGAUACCUUGACAGGGAUUUUUGGCUCGACAUCUUGGCUGCUCAACCAAUUCCUCAGGUUCUGACAUGGGCUGUGAUACCAAGUUUAAGAGGCUCAUCAGCAGCACAUACAAGACUCGUAAUUCGAACCAGUAUCAUAAUUCAGUAUCUUCUCAGACUUUAUCUUAUCUUCCCUCUUUCAUCUCAAAUCAACAAGGCUACAGGCCUUGUCCUGGAAACAGCUUGGGCUGGGGCAGCUUAUAAUCUAGUGCUCUAUAUGUUGGCAAGCCAUGUCUUGGGAUGCUUGUGGUACCUCUUAGCAAUCGAACGGCAGGAACACUGUUGGAGAAAAGUUUGUAUUCUGGAACAAGGAGAAUGCAAUUAUUCAUUUAUGGACUGCAGUUUUGCGGAUGAUCCUGGCAGAGAAUCCUGGUUAAUAUCAAGCAAUGUCUCAAACCUAUGUUAUCCAAGUAGUGGAUUCUUCGAGUUUGGUAUCUAUGGCGACGCGUUGUCUUCUCAAGUUACAUCCUCUAGCUUCUUCAAGAAAUUCUUCUACUGCCUUUGGUGGGCAUUUCGGAAUCUGAACUCUUUAGGACAGGGACUCUGCACAAGCACUUACAUUGGAGAAAUAAAUUAUGCCAUGAUUGUGGGAAUUGUUUCAUUAAUCCUUUUUGGGUUGCUUAUUGGAAAUAUGCAAAGAUAUCUCCAGUCCAGCAGUGUACGACUCGAACAAUGGAGGACUUUCAAGACUGAUACGGAGAGAUGGAUGCGUCACAGGCAGCUGCCUCUUGAAAUGAAGGAGAGCAUUAGAAGAUAUAAUCAACAUAGAUGGUGUGCAACUAGAGGAGUUGAUGAAGAGGCUAUUCUGAAAAGCCUGCCAAUGGAUCUCAGACGCAACAUCAAGCGACAUCUCUGCCUUGAUUUAGUCCGAAAAGUUCAGCUUUUUAACAUGAUGGAUGAGCAGAUGCUUGAUGCAAUAUGUGAAAGGCUGAAACCUUGUCUAUAUGACCAAGGAACUUGCCUGGUUCGCGAAGGUGAUCCUGUCAAUGAGAUGAUUUUCAUCAUCAGAGGUCGCCUGAACUCUUACACCACCAAUGGUGGUCGUGCUGAUUUCUUCAAUUCAUGCCUGAUUGCUCCUGGUGACUUCUGUGGGGAGGAAUUGUUAACCUGGGCAUUGGACCCUCGUUCAAAUUCGACCAUUACCCUCCCUUCGUCUACACGAACAGUUAUUGCCAUUACUGAUGUUGAAGUAUUCGCAUUAGUUGCAGAGGACUUGAAGUUUGUAGCAUUUCAAUUCCGCAGGCUCAACAGCAAACAACUGAGGAAUGUGUUCAGGUUUCACUCUCCACAGUGGAGGACAUGGGCUGCUUGCUUCAUACAAGCAGCGUGGUUUCGGUAUAAAAGAAGGAAAGAGGAAGCCGAGUUGGAUAAGAUUCGGACGAGUAUGGGUGGAGGAGAAAAGAAGCAGACAUGUUCAUCCUUGCUUCUAGCGGCUACUAACUUCACUAUUUAUGCAUCAAAAUUGGCUGCCAGCACUAAGAGGGGUGGAUCAAAGCCAGAAGAACCUGAUUUUUCUGUUGACAAAUAAACAUCUCAUGAAUAUAAUGAGGUAGGUGUAGUGACAUCAAUGAACUCUUAAAGUUUCAAGUUUCAGUCCAAAACAAGAGUUAAAAGAAAGUAACACUCAGUUUGGUAGAGAUUGGAUUAACAAUGGAAGGGGAAUUAGAUCUUGUUAUUCUCAUCCCUGUUGUGUUAGAAAAAUCAAAGUGUGACAAGACAGGCCAAAAAGAAACUAACUCUAUUUGUAUUCUUGAUUUAACCAUUACAUUUAUUGACAGAACAUUCUAAUUUUCUUUCUAAAAGUUUAGAUAUCAUUAGGAAAUGUAACAGUUUUUAUUGGGCAAUUCUUAGUGACUAUAAAUACAUUGCUAAAUGCAGACUGUGAUAUCUUCAGCAAGCAGGUUUCUUAUACGCAACUUGUAAUAUGAAUUAGAAUCGUUGUUUCAACUUCUAAUAACAUAUAGUGCUAAUGGGCUUCGGCCCAUUGGUCUUAAAAUCGAAUCACAGUCAAAGUCAAUGCCAGGCCUUUCAGGUAGGGUCAAAAUUACUGAGCCAUUUUAAGCUGAGCCCACUUCCAUUCCAACUUAGCCCAAAUUUUACCUAAGGCUACCAAACCAUUUGGAUUCACGCAUAAAUGG